CUUCCAGGUGCCACUAAAGCCCUCACCUACCUCCAAUCCAAACGAAUCCCAUUUAUCCUCCUCACCAACGGCGGCGGCAAAUCCGAACAAGAGCGAGUAGCAGACCUCCAAGACAAACUCGGUGUCCCACUCUCCACCUCCAAUUUCAUCCAGUCCCAUACGCCGUUCGCCGACAUGACCCACCACCACGACCAAACCGUGCUCGUAGCAGGAGGAGACCGGGAUAAAUGUCAAAGAGUCGCUGAAGGAUAUGGCUUCAAGAGCGUGGUCACACCUGGGGACAUCCUCACCGCAUAUCCCGACAUUUGGCCGUUCGCCAAAGUCUUUCGCGACUACUACUCCUCCUUCGCCAAACCUCUCCCCCACCCCAUAGCCACGGACAUCACCCACGACUUGACCUCUCGCCUCAAAAUCGACGCCAUAUUCGUCUACAACGACCCUCGAGACUGGGGCCUGGACGCAUCCAUCAUCCUCGACACACUCCUCUCCCACGCAGGCUACAUCGGCACUCUAUCCUCCAAGAACGGCGACACGUCAUUACCGAACAACGGCUACCUCCAAGACUCCCCUCCACCACUCUACUACUCCAACCCCGACCUGUGGUGGGCUUCCUCCUACCACGCCUCCCGCCUCGGUCAAGGCGGAUUCGCCGCUGCCUUCUCCGGUCUGUGGGCUGCAGCUACCAACGGCGCGGCAUUGACGAACACCCAAACGUUCGGCAAACCACAUCAAGGAACGUACGAAUUCGCGGAGAGGAUAUUGAUGAGGUAUCGCAAGGGAUUGGUGGGCCAGGUGGGGCUUAAUGCGCCGCUGAGGAGGGUUUUCAUGGUGGGCGACAAUCCGGAAAGCGAUAUCAAAGGUGCGAAUCGGUACAAGAGUGGGAGUGGGGUGCGGUGGAGUAGUGUAUUGGUCAAGACGGGAGUGUGGAGGGAGGGGACGGCGCCGAGUGAAGCGUCGGAGUAUACGGUGGAUGGGGUUUGGGAUGCGGUC